UUAUCUAUUAGUAAUCAUACAGUCUUGUACGUUUCUCGCUGCAGACGCACUCAACAUUCGGCUAUGGGAGAUACUGGGGGCUACGGCGGUCCUAUCAGUCAACCAGAAGGUUCAACACUUGAAGUCAAUAAAGCUGAGUUGCAAGAGGCACUUACGCUGCUCAAAGACAUGCAAACAAGGACAAAACAGCUGUAUAGGAUAGCCUUUACAAUAAUUGGUAUUGUGAUAAUUGUGUUUUCAAUCAUUACGUAUGUGGCACUCGAGCAGGCACACGCUCGAUUAGACCAAAUCGACAAACUUGUCCACAAAGUUGAAUCAUUUAUGUAUUCCAUAGACCCCGUUAUCAGGCCUUCAGUACGAAGAAACAUGUCGCUCAGGGCGGUUAUUGAAGAAGUUCUUUUUGGAAGCGGUACGAAGUUGACUGAAAUGGUCAAUAGUCUAAUAUCCGAUGGCAAGAUAACAUUAAACGGAGUUGAUUUUCCCAUUGAUUUGAGUUCUCUUCUUCAUCCGAUACAUUUGCCGGAAACUGACAAGGAAAAACGGAGAAGUUACCUCGUUCGGUACGUCAGAGGAGUGCCAAUGUACCUUGGGAUUGGUGCCUUUGGCUCAAUAGGAAAUAGCAGUCUUAUUGUGCGCCUUGGCUGUCAACGCAUCGCGAGAGAAGCGACCAUUCCUAGAGAUAUUGUGUUAACGACCCAAUGGCCUGAGAAGGCAAAAAUCAGUUUAGCUAUUUUGGGGAUCGAUACUAUCCCCCUGCGUGUACUUUUUCCGGUGUUGAUGCGGACUAAGCAUAUUGAUGACUGUGCGCCGGGCGUUCCCCCGACGGAGGAACCGGGCCCUGAAUGGAUACAAAGCAUAUCACUGCUAGAGCAUGCAAUUUAUAUGGGGUUAAAGAUUCGACGACAUAAGUCGCAUUUCGAUGUUGAUCUAGUGGAGGUCACAGUGUCGGCUCCAUCAUACUUCCAAUUCCGGGACAAAGCUCAGCUGCAGUUGCUCACCGUGGAUUCCAGUAAAAAGAGUUAUCUGAAUUUCGAACGCUCGAUCUCUCACGAUGACGAUUCGACAUCCGAGUUGAGUACGACGGACAUUGGAAAACGACUUGGGAACGUGAACUACAAGCAUGUAGAAAUAAGAUGCCUCUAUGGAUGCGCUCUCGCCGUCGUGGUUAUUCUAAUAAUCACGCUAUCAGUCAUUGCUGUUAUUAGCCUUAAAGAAACGUAUGAACGCAUUAGACACUUAAACGAGAUUGGCACAAAAGCCACCCUAUUUCUCCAAGCUACCGAGCCAAUUUUAGGACCACUGUCAAAGAAAAAUUUAACACUCGACAGCGUUAUUGACAGAUUUCUCUUUGAGAGCAGCAGGUUUCUAGAAGAGGCCAUCAAUGAUUUGGUAUCGAAAGCUGAGGUAACACUGAAAGGUGUUGAUCUUUGGUUUGAUAUUACUCGUCUCCUUGGUAAAUCUUGCAAAUCAGCUUGUAGCAAACUGAAUAACUCCUACGACGUACUUGUCAACGGUGUACCAAUGCGAGCCCGCCUUACUGUAGCAGAUCCUAUUCGCAAGCCAGUUCUUAUUUUGCAUCUUACAUGCUCUAAUAACAAGGGUACGUUCGUCGAAUGGCCCCUCAAGAUGGACCUGGGUCUGAGUAUCUUGAAAUAUCUUGACAACAAGCCGGCGGUUUAUAAGAUUGUGCCAUCUACAAAUUUCCUUAACUGCGAUAGCCCAGAUUCUCUUGGCCAGAAACACUACAGAUGGGAAGUGUUGAUGCAAACAGAUGCUUACAUUAAAGGAGUACCGCUGCGAGCAACACUCACCAUAGAAGAUAUAGGCCUUAGUCCAGCCCUUAUUUUGCAAUUCAGAUGCUCCGCUACAAUCGGCGCAUUCGUUGACUGGCCUCUUAAAAACAAUAUUGGUUUAAGUAUAUUAAAAACAGGCAACCACGCUGUGGCACAUGUUAUUGUAACACCUAUGGACUUCAUCAAUUGCGAAAAUCCAGGUUCUCCUGGUCAGAAGACAUUCGAAUGGCAGGUAAUAAAGUCGACCGUGAAUCACGCCAUUAAAAACGAUAUUGUGCGUUACAGGGUCGAACUCCUACAUCUUACUUCUGGAUAA